CAAUCCUGGAGACUGCUCCAAUACAAUUUGAUUGUCAGCCCCGGGAUCUCAUGCUUACAAAAUAAUCGUAUCCCGAUCAACAAUUAAAUUACAUGAGGAAUUAAUUGAUUUUCACACAAUUUAUUUACGACAAUACGACACCCCUACGCUCGAUCGACAGCCAUUCUGACCAUAGACUAGAGGAGAAUAUAGAGGUGUGAACUGUGAGUGAAGGUGUGUUUUUUUAAAUGAUUUAUGACUGGAGGUAGAUUUGUAAUUUUAUUAAAAAAAAUCAUUUUAAGUUAAUUACUGUUUACAUUGUAGGUAUAUGAUAUUUAAUAGAAAUUAAGUUUUAAAAAAUAACUAACAAAAAGAAGAAAUAUUAGGAAGCCUGGCUUAAAAAAGUAUGAUGACCCAGCUCUAUGGUUUGGGUAACCUAAAAAAAUAAAACAUUUAUGUCAAGUCAAAGUCUAAUUUUUCUACAAAAAUUGCAAUUUUUUUCUAUUCUUGAAGUUUCUUAUUACAACAAGUUUCUUUCUUACAAGAUGAAGCUGUCGCUUGUACUGUUUCGACGAAAUCGCUUACCAAAUGGACAUUUAUUUCGAGGAAAAGAUAGAUUAGUAAAAAAAGUUGAACCAAAACAUCUCAAGAAAAUUCAAGAUGAUUUUGCAAUAGAAGAAAAAAAUAUGUUUUAUUUACGGUUUCCGUACCUUACAGAAGCUGAAAGCAGUGGCCACACUAAAGCCCUUGGUAAACCAGAAAUGAGGAAAGAGAAACUGUUAGACAAUCAGAGAAGGAUCUUCAAACAAGAUGUUACUUUAUAUGAGAGACUACAACAUCUCAGAGUAAAGGAAUCUUGGGACUAACUCAUAAUCAUGUAGUUUAGUGUAAAUAGGUUAUUUAAUGUAGUAAAAAUUAUUAAUAAAAUGUAAUAAACAAUUUGCAUUGUUAUUCUAAUUUGAAUACCAUAAACAAGUCAUAGUUAUAGGUUUACUUCAUAAGUAAUUUUAAAACAGGGUGUUCAUCUUGCGAAGUCAAUAGAAACUGUCUGUCUUUAUUCUACUCUCAAAACCAAUCACCCAGUGUUAUAGUAGGUGUAGACAAAAACAUGUGGAAAAGACACUCGCCAUAACAAAUUUGGACCUGCAUGUCUGAAGGAAGAGGCAGAGAGGCAUAUUCUUUCAGAAAAUUAAGAUAACUAAGGUUUUCUGAGAACUAGAAGUGUGUUACAGCAUUAUGAAAGUCUAAUUUUCAGACACUUUUCUUAAAUAUUGAAGAUAAAGAAUAUGAAAAGGUAUGGUCACUUGUAGUUUCAAUAAAAUGAAAAGACAAUUUUUCAUAAACAUGUUUUAUUUUUCGAAAUAUGUACAUAUAUCUAAAGAGGCAACAAUUUAUAAUAUCACAUCAAUAUAUUGUUUAUUGCAAAAAUAUCAAGCAGCUAAGUACACAUUUCACAGUAUUUAGUUUUUUAAAAGCCAGUUUAUUAUCCCUUGUAUGAAAAUUACCAGUGUUUAGAAGUUAUAUAAACUUAUUUUCACUCAUAAAUUAUAUGAUAGUGAUAUAUUAUACAACAAUGUCUGUCAUUUUCAUUCGGGAGUAAUUAAUUCACUGGCUUCACAAUAUAAAAUAUAUAAAUAAUCUGCUGUGGCAGACCAUUACGAAAGCAACUUACACUCUAAACAUUCAUAAUACGCCCAUUAUAUGCACCAUUUAUUGUAACAAUAGAGUCUUUCGAUAACUAUAUAAAGAGCGCGGCACAUCACUAGUAAAUACUAAUAAGGUUGCAUACUGAAACUGAUUAUAAAUUAUUUUUAUAAUGAUAAUAAUAUCAAGAUCAUAUUUAAUAAUAAUUAGCUUAAUACCUGAGUUAUUUAUUAAUAUUGCUGGGAUAUCUAUUAAUGGGAUAUCUGGCCUACAGAAAAUAUUUUCUUUUGUGGAACAACUGUGACCUAACUAUUCAAUAAAACUUUUUUAAAUUCGUAUAGAUAAUGACAACUUAUCAAAAUAAUGAGUUUCGGCAUUUCUGCUACGCAUAGAAAUAGCAUUAACGAAAAGUGUAGAUUUUGUACUUUAUAUUUUUCUGUACUUUACCUACCUUAAUACAAUAUUUUAAGUACUUGUGAGCUUACAAAAAUUAAAUAAAAUUGUGACUAACAAAAGUAUUCACAAACAUUUUGUAUAAUUUUUCCAAUCGGAAAUUUUAUGAAUUAUGUACUUGGUAUUAAUGACACUUGACCAAAAAUAAAAUUAUUAGAGGAAAAGGCAAGCAAUAACUCAACUUAAAUAAAUAUACAUCUGUGUUUACAUGCAUAAUAUGUAAAAUUCACUUAGGUAUACAGUUUAUAGAAGCAUAAAUUAUUAUGGCGUAUGGUUGGUCCCCUAAAACGUUCAUUAUAAGAAUAAAUCUAAUUCUAUAUAAUGCAGAUAAGUUUUACAUAAACAAAGAUUUAUUAAGGCCACGAUUUAAAUCUGUAUUAAUUACAGUAAAUAAUCUCAUUAAAAACGUAAAUUCGAGUUUCUAUCACUAUUAAUACUUAGUAAAUUCGAAACAUAUCAAAAUAACAGUGUAAUGUUUGUAACCAAUAAUGAUUAAUUUUUAUAUAAUGUGUCUGUAUCUGUACGGCCCUUAGAAUCAUUUUAUGUAUGACUGAACAACGAUCACAAUUCACGCAUUUUUAAAACAGACAGAAAAAUAAACGCAGAAAUAAUAGGUACAUACUACUAAAAGCGUAAAUAAACUUACACAUAAAUAACUCUAGGUAUAUGAUAUUACCGGAUAGGUACUUAAACUUCUAAGAAAUAUAUGAAUAAGUUUCUUGACAUCAUAAUAAAUACAACGGUUAUUUGCUAAGCUAACACAUAAUGGAAAUAUUGACUAAUUGCUCUUCGUCCACGCAAAAGGAUCAUCUUUGAGGUCCUUCUUGUAAAGAGUUUUACCUUGGUGCACAAACUCAGCGUACUGAGCGACCACUGGGUCCCUCAUACAGGAAGCAACAGCUAUUACUUUUUCAGCCUCAUCAAAGAAGAAGAUGACAAACUUAAGACCAUCUACAUCCCCUUCUAUCUGAGUACUUGCUGGUUUUCCGCAACCAGCAUAACGGAUAGACUUUCCGAAUAAUAGAGUCCAGAAGAACGGAACUGUCUUCAAUGGCGUAUCUUUCUUUAAAAUGUUCAAAGCAGCAAUACGGCCAUGGUAUUGAGCUAAGCCGAUAUGCCCGAUGCUCAAAUUUUUAUUACCAUGAGCGUACACGGGCGCACAAGCGAUAUCGCCACCCGCAAACACAUUUUUGACAGUGGUUUCUAACUUAUCGUUUACGGUAACCGCACCAUUUCCCUCCAUUUUAAUUCCGCUAUCGCUCAAGAAACCCGUAUUAAAUGUUGUUCCCACGCCUAUUAUCAACAUAUCAGCAGGAAGUGUGGUGCCAUUGGACAAUUCUACAGAUUUUAUCACACCAUUUUCACCAUUACAUUUGACAACAGUGGUAUCAAACUGAAAUUUAACGCCUUUACUUUCGAACAAUUUUUGUAAACUACUUCCUAUCUCGUGGCCGAAUAUUUGUCCAAGCGGAGUAGUGUCUUUGCCAACUACAGUCAUCGACUUGGCUUUAUCGUUACAAGAGGCCGCACUUUCUAAUCCUAUGAAGCUCAAGCCCAAUACCACAACAUCCUUAUCUUUGUUGGUUCCUAACGUGUUCAGAAUGUUAACAGAAUCAUCAAAGUUUCUAACUGUGAAUAUGUUCUUUAAAUCUAUGCCAGGGAUAUCUGGCACACGUGGAGUGGAGCCAGUAGCUAAGUAUAACGAAUUGUAGCGUAGUUUGGUUCCAUUGCUCAAGUGUACAAUAUGCUCUUGGGUGUCGACUUUAGUAGCGUCGACCCCCUUGAUUACCUCGAUGCUAGCUUCGUCGUAAUACUGUUGAGACCUUGCUUGUAGUUUUUCUAUAUCUGUGACGGCACCGAUCUUUGAGACCUUAAUUCUGUCGUAUGGGAGGUAGUUCUCCUUGGCAACCAUGGUGAUGCGUCCCUUGUAGCCCUCGCUGCGUAGUGUUUCAGCGCAGGUGGCACCGGAGGGGCCGCCGCCCACGAUUACCGCUACAGAACUGUCGCACUGGUUCGCUACGCCUAUAUCCUUGAUACGUUUCUUAGACUUCAAAUCGGUGCGCUUAGCCCUUACCU